AUGCAGCUGCUCCUGCUGACGGCCGGGCUGGGCCUGCUCUCUGUGCUGGGAGCCCAGGGCCCUCAGCUGACCCCUGCCCACGCUCAGGAGCUUGUAGGCCGAUGGCACAUCAAGCUCUGGGCAGGGACCUUUCCCAUUCCGGUCAAGAGGAGGAGCCACCCGAUACCUCCCUUCACCUUGGCCAUGAACGAACUCCAGAAGCUGGAAUUCAGGAUGAACCUCACGAAACCCAUCGGAUGCAUUCCAUUCAAGUUGCCCCUGGACAUCGGACCCAAACCCGGCGUCUUCCACACCUGGUACAAGUACCGCAUCUACAUCAACUUCCUGCCGGGGAAGCAGCACGCCAUCGCACACUUCAAUGACACCAUAGACUUCUCCAAGCACGUGAUGAUGAUGCUCAUGGGCCGCAGCCUGGAUGAAGACCCGGAGGCCGUGAGGACCUUCGAGGAGUUCGCGGAGAGCAAAGGGCUGAACCAAACCGACAUCGCCAGGCCCCCUCCCCUCGAAGCCUGCGAGCUGCCCCCAGACUCUUAGUGCCGCGGGCGGCACCGCCUGCCCAGGAAGGACC